AUGGGGCGGGGGAAGGAAAGACAGGUCUGGGAGAAGGGGAAGGCAUGUUGUACGUACCGCCUGCGACGGGGAACGCAGGGCGUGAGGACAGAGGCCGGGGAGGUGGGGAAGGAGGUGCUGCAGGUGUGGAAUUGUACGCGCCCAGGGAGGCGGGGCAGAGGCGAUAAUAGAGCUGCCACGUGUCUGGUGGUUUCGUGCAAGCAAUUUGCCGUAUGUACUGUACUCUGGGGUCACCGUGAGUCGCCUCAUGCCGCCGAAUAUUUCCCGAAUCUCCGAAGCCGUUACACAUUCAACACGUGUACCACAGAGGGCCCCCGCAAUUCGCGUAUCUGCCUCUUGUACGAGCACAACCCAUUCGACCUCUGCACAAACACUUUGCUGUUGCUCUACUUUGCUUCCCCCUGCACUUCCUGCCCCUGCUACACAUCUCCGUCCCAACCACUAUCUGCUUGUCUGUUCUCUAUCCUUCAUUAUGGCAUCCCCAGACUUAGUCCCUUCCAAGUCCAUCUCUGA